CGUUGCUCGGUUCUCGUGCGAGCAGCGCAUUUUGUUGUGGCGGAAACUCGAAACAGACGCGCCGGCUUUGAUCGCAAGUAUGGCCGAAAACGGAGACAUAGAAAAUGAUGUUGAGAAACAGAAUGAUAAUUGGAUUGAAAUGGAACGGAAACCUUCCAUUACAGAUCCCAAACAUUCUCGUUUUCAAGUAGCAAAAGUUGAUUUUGCUUCUGAUACUCCGAAAUAUAAAUAUGCGAAUAAUUCUGAUGAGGCUGAAAGACAGCCUUUGACAGAUAUGUCAAAUAAUGUUGAUUGUGAUCGUUCAUAUGAUACUCACAAUGUUCGAAGUUUGAGACAUUAUACAAGAGAAGCUCUUCCUCGAGCUGACCAUUACAGAAAUGUCAUGUCAGUUCACGGCCAACUUAAUCGUCCAACCUUAGAUGAACUUUUAGAUCCGUCCGUCACCAUGUCGCCUGAUCACAAGUAUUCAAAACGUGCAAAACAUGAUGAAGUGCGGGUAAAUGCUGCUGGUGUGGUUAAACUAGGAUGGAUUCAAGGUGUAUUUGUAAGAUGUUUGUUGAAUAUAUGGGGUGUGAUGCUCUUCCUUCGCUUGUCCUGGGUGAUUGGACAGGCUGGCAUUGGUUUGGGCAGUUUAGUGAUACUUUUAGCUACAACAGUUACAGUUUUGACUUCUUUGUCUAUGUCUGCAAUUUGUACAAAUGGAGAAGUAAAAGGAGGUGGCACUUAUUACAUGAUAUCACGUAGCUUGGGUCCUGAAUUCGGAGGUGCCAUAGGUUUAAUAUUUUCCUUGGCAAAUGCUGUUGCUGUUGCUAUGUAUGUUGUUGGAUUUUCUGAAACUGUAGUUCAGUUAAUGGAGGCUACAGGACACCAUACAAUUGUAGAUGGUGGUAUGCAUGAUGUACGAAUAAUUGGAUGCAUAACAGUUUUUAUUCUUUUCUGCAUUUGUCUGAUUGGCACUUCUUGGGAAUCCAAAACUCAGAUGGUACUACUUGCUAUUCUACUGAUAUCUAUGGCAGAUUUUGUAAUUGGCUCUUUUAUCCCUCCAUCUGACUUUCAAAAAUCCAGAGGAUUUGUAGGAUGGGACUUGGAAUUGAUGAAAGAAAAUUUCGGUCCUGCUUUCAGAGAUGGAGCGACUUUUAUAUCUGUUUUCUCUGUUUAUUUUCCUGCUGCUACUGGAAUUUUAGCUGGAGCUAAUAUUUCUGGAGACUUAGCUGAUCCUCAAGUCGCAAUUCCCAAAGGAACAUUUCUAGCCAUUCUUGUUUCAACACUUAGUUAUUUGUGGUUUGGAUUCACAGCUGGAUCUGUUGUUUUAAGAGAUGCAGUUGGAAAUAUUACCAUUGCUGCAAACUUUACUAACUUGCUUAGUGACUGUUCAUCAGAACCUGGUGAAGUGUGCAAAUAUGGUUUAAUGAAUUAUUAUGAGGUUAUGGAAACUGUAUCUGCUUUUGGUCCAAUUAUUUAUGCUGGAAUUUUUGCUGCAACUCUGUCAUCUGCUCUUGCAAGUCUUGUCAGUGCUCCUAAAGUUUUUCAGGCUCUUUGUAAAGAUCGACUGUUUCCUCACAUUCACUUCUUUGCAAAAGGAUUUGGUAGAAAUAAUGAGCCAAUUAGAGGCUAUUGCUUAGCUUUCGUUAUUGCAUUAGCCUGUGUUGCUAUUGGUGACUUGAAUGCUAUUGCUCCUAUUAUAUCAAACUUUUUUUUGGCUGCAUAUUGUUUAAUUAAUUUCUCCUGUUUUCAUGCAUCAUUUGCUAGAUCUCCAGGAUUUCGUCCAUCAUUCAAGUAUUACAAUCUUUGGUUGAGUUUGCUAGGAGCCAUUCUCUGUCUCUCUGUUAUGUUUAUAAUGAACUGGUGGGCAGCUUUAGUCACUUUUGCAUUAGUUUUGGGCUUAUAUAUCUAUAUUUAUUACAGAAAACCAGAUGUGAAUUGGGGUUCCUCUACUCAAGCACAGACAUAUAAAACAGCUUUGAGUGCUGCAUACAGACUAAAUAAUGUUCCUGAUCAUGUUAAAAAUUUCAGACCACAGAUUCUAGUUUUAACUGGUACCCCUGGAAGCAGGUUACCUUUAGUGGAUUUUGCAAACCAUAUUACAAAGAAAAUUGGUCUUUUGGUGUGUGGCCAUAUAGUCAAGGAAAGUCUGACUCAAAGAGUAAGAUACUCUUACUUAAGACGGGCUGAGAUCUUUUUACAAAAACGAAAAAUCAAGGCAUUUUAUACUUUGCUGGAGAAUGAAUCAUUUUCUGAGGGUGCAAGAUGCCUAAUGCAGUGUGUUGGAGUUGGAAAAUUGCGUCCAAAUAUUGUAUUCAUGGGUUACAAAUCUAAUUGGCAAGAAAGUACCAUUGAAGAAAUCCAAGAAUACUUCAAUGUUAUUCUUGAGGCCUUUGAUAAACAUUUGGCUCUGGGAAUAUUGAGACUUCAAGAAGGCCUGGAUUAUUCAGAAUACAAUGAUAUGGAUGAGGUUCCUGAACCAAUUUCAAAUGGCAAAAGGUCUCGAGGGCCAUCCCUUUUAAAACCAGAUCAACAAAGUGAUGGUAUACCACGAAAUCCUUCUAGUGCUCAGCUGUCCCAAGCUGGCAGCUCUCGGGACUCAUCUCCACCAUCAACUCCUGCUGUCGAGAGAAAAGCAUCCACUGAUGAGAACAAUCAACAAAGCAGCACUCAGGUGGUUAGAGGAUUAUCAAAAGCUAUACCAAAAGAUAUUUUGACCAGUGUAAACAAAUUCCAACGAAAGCAAAAGAAAGGAACAAUUGAUGUUUGGUGGCUCUAUGAUGAUGGCGGAUUGACAAUGCUUAUACCUUACUUACUGACUACUCAUUCUCAGUGGAGUCACUGCAGGCUUAGGGUAUUUUCUUUGGCCAAUAAGAAGGAUGAACUUGAGAGAGAACAACGGAGUAUGGCAGCUCUUCUAAACAAGUUCCGAAUAGAUUACUCGGAUGUGAAAGUUAUUCCUGACAUAACAAAACCGCCACAAGAGUGCAGCAAGCAAGAUUUUGAAAAUAUCAUUGCUAAAUGGAGGGAAGAUGAGGAUUCUGAAGUUGAAAAUAGUAAUUUGAUCACCAAGACUGAGAUGUUAGCUCUAAAAGAUAAAAAUAACCGACAUAUUCGCUUGAGAGAGCUGCUGUUAGAGAAUUCCCAAGAUGCAUCUUUGAUUGUCAUGACUUUACCCAUGCCACGUAAAGGCACAUGCUCUGCACCUAUGUAUCUGGCUUGGCUUGAAACCUUAACUAGAGAUAUGCCACCAUUUUUAUUGAUCCGAGGAAAUCAAACUAGUGUUCUCACAUUUUAUUCUUGAUUGUUUUGUAGAUCAAAUGUGUCUAAAGCCAUUGUGCCUUUAUAUGCUCUUAGACAUUUCUUUUUUAGAUUAUUUUUUGUACAUCUUGCAUUUAUAUUAACUGUUGAUAAUCACUGAUAUAGUGAUUAGGCAUUUAUUUUUAUUUUUUUGGUGUGAAACACAGCAGUAUUAUAUAAAGCAAAAGUAUUCCUUCCAUGUAAAAAAAAUCCACUGUUUGCUUUUUUUAUGAAAACUUCCUAAUUUAUAAAACAUUGUAAUAAUAUGAAAUAAUGAUUGUAAUUUAUUCAAUUUUGCAAAGAUUUUGGCCUUGAAUACUGAAGAAAUAAUGCAGAUUAUUUUUC